CAUGUCCAAAGUAAGUAGUAAAAUGUCAGAGACACUUUGUUUUGCACUUCACAGAAGAGGCUAUAAAGCAUCGUUUCUUUCUUGUUGGCUUUAGAGAUGCAAUCGUUUGUUUAUUCCGCCGGGCCCGAGUAUUAUCUUCGUCACUUGGGAUUAUUGAUUCCUUUUAUAAAACACACAAUAGUACAUGAUUUAUGUGACGUGCUUCGUAGAAAAUGUAAACAGUGAUAAUCAAUUAACAAUGCGAAGCACGUUACAUCGAAAUGGCGCGUCUUGGCGCCAUCAGAAGGUCUGCCGUCGUGACAUGGCGCCAGCCGGCGAAAAUUGAAAAGUAUCAAAUUUCAAAUCCAUUUUCUGGACUUGGUUGCAGAGCAACGAGAUCAAAUUUGGCAUUAAAAAAGCGGAAUUUAUCUUCUUCGUAUUGAGAGCUUCUUUUGUAUUUUUUAUUUAAUAUUAUGAUGAAAACGUUUAUGAUGUUUAAAGGCAAAUAUACGCACAAUGUACACAAACACGAUUUAGCAUGUGUGAUUAAGCAAGAAAUAGAAUAUUAGCCUUUUUAGGAGAUGAUAAAUGUCAACCCCUACAGGGUAAAGCGCUUCGACCAUUAAAUACUACGUAUUCGCGUUCGUAAGUACAUUUUUUAAUAGAAGGAAAACAUAUGAAAUAUAAAUACAACUUUACCGAAAAUUAAAAAUUGACAAUUUUGAACCGAUUUCGUGGUUGUUUUAUUCCUGGAGCAAGAAAUAAAUUGCAAUUGUUUUUGCAAUAAAUUAAAGCUCAAUGUUUGCUUCUUCAACGAAGGUAUUAACCUUUUUUGUUGUAUUCGUAUUAAAUCAAAUAUAUGUAAGUGAUCACAAGUCAUUUUCCAGCCGUGAUCACUGGUCCGUGAAAGCACUAUAAAGCCACAUCUUUGUUCUUGUCGAAACAAUUAUAAAAGAAGAAAAAUAAUAAAAUCAUAUAUUACAAUUUUUUUUAAAUCAUAUAAAAAGCUUGCCUUUUUGAACACAAUUUAUUCAAGGUGCUAAUACAAACAAAAUUCUGUUAUUUUAUUGUUUAACUGACGCGCCCGAGGAGAAAAGAAAAUUUGAGCGCAAUACAUUAUGGAAAAACGUUCGCUACUCCUUUGGCUGGGUCUGCUGUGCUGUUGGAUUUUGUUGGUUCUGUUGGAUUUUGUUGGGUCUGUUGGAUUUUGUUGUGUCUGUUGUGCUGUUGAGUUUUGUUGGGUCUGUUAGGUUUUGCUGUGCUGUGCUGUGCUGUGCUGUUGGGUUUUGUUGGGUCUGUUGUGCGGUUGGGUUUCGCUGUGCUGUUGGAUUUUGUUGGAUUUUGUUGGGUUUUGUUGGGAUUUGUUGGGUUUUGUUGGGUCUGUUGAGUUUUGUUGAGUCUGUUGUGCUGUGGGUUUUGUUGGGUCUGUUGGGUUUUGCUGUGCUGUUGGGUUUUACUGGGUCUGUUGGGUUUUGUUGGGUCUGUUGUGCUGUUGGGUUUUGUUGGGUCUGUUGGGUUUUCCUGUGCUCUUGGGUUUUGUUGGGUCUGUUGAGUUUUGUUGGGAUUUGCUGUGCUGUUGGGUUUUGUUGGGUUUGUUAGGUUUGUUGCGCUGUUGGGUUUUGUUGGGUCUGUUAGGUUUUGCUGUGCUGUUGGGUCUGUUGUGUUGUUGGGUUUUGUUGGGUUUUGCUGUGCUGUUGGGUUUUGUUGGGUCUGUUGGGUUUGUUGGGUUGUUGCAAACCCAACAACACCCAACAGCACAGGCUGUGCUGUUGGGUUUUGUUGGGUUUGUUGUGCUGUUCGGUCUGUUGUGCUGUUGGGUUUUGUUGUGUUGUGUUGUGUUGUGUUGUGUUGUGUUGUGUUGUGUUUUGCUGUGCUGUUGGAUUUUGUUGGGUUUUGAUGUGCUGUUAGGUUUUGUUGAGUUUUGAUGUGCUGCAUGUUGGGUUUUCUUAGGUUUUGCUGUGCUGUUGGGUUUUGUUGUGUAUGUUGUGCUGUUGGGUUUAUUGGGUUUUGCUGUGCUGUGCUGUUGGGUUUUGUUGUGUUUGUUGUGCUGUUGGGUUUGUUUGAUUUUGCUGUGCUGUUGGGUUUUGUUAAGUUUGUUGUGCUGUUGGGUUUUGUUGGGUCUGUUGUGCUGUUGGGUCUGUUGUGCUGUUGGGUUUUGUUGGGUCUGUUGGGGUUUGCUGUGCUGUGCUGUAGGGUUUUGUUGGGUCUGUUGAGUUUUGUUGAGUUUUGCUGUGCUGUUGGGUUUUGUUGGGUUUGUUGCGCUGUUGGGUUUUGUUGGGUCUGUUAGGUUUUGCUGUGUUGUUGGGUUUUGAUGGGUCUGUUUGUACUGUUGGGUCUGUUGUGCUGUUGGGUCUGUUGUGCUGUUGGGCUUUGUUGGGUUUUGCUGUGCUGUUGGGUUUUGUUGGGUCUGUUGGGUUUGUUGGGGCCUGCUAGGUUUUGCUGUGCUGUUGGGUUUUGUUGGGUUUUGUUGUGUUGUGUUGUGUUGUGUUAUGUUGUGUUGUGUUGUGUUGCGUUGCGUUGCGUUGUGUUGUGUUGUGUUUUGUUUUGCUGUGCUGUUGGAUUUUGUUGGGUUUUGAUGUGCUGUUAGGUUUUGUUGAGUUUUGCUGUGCUGCAUGUUGGGUUUUCUUAGAUUUUGCUGUGUUGUUGGGUUUUGUAGUGUUUGUUGUGCUGUUGGGUUUGUUGGGUUUUGCUGUGCUGUUGGGUUUUGUUGUGUUUGUUGUGCUGUUGGGCUUGUUGGGUUUUGCUGUGCUGUUGGGUUUUGUUGUGUUUGAUGUGCUGUUGGGUUUUGUUAUGUUUGUUGUGCUGUUGGGUUUUGUUGGGUCUGAUGUGCUGUUGGAUUUUGUUGGGUUUUGAUGUGCUGUUAGGUUUUGUUGAGUUUUGCUGUGCUGCAUGUUGGGUUUUCUUAGGUUUUGCUGUGCUGUUGGGUUUUGUUGUGUAUGUUGUGCUGUUGGGUUUAUUGGGUUUUGCUGUGCUGUGCUGUUGGGUUUUGUUGUGUUUGUUGUGCUGUUGGGUUUGUUUGAUUUUGCUGUGCUGUUGGGUUUUGUUGUGUUUGUUGUGCUGUUGGGUUUUGUUGGGUCUGUUGGGUUUGUUGGAGCCUGCUAGGUUUUGCUGUGCUGUUGGGUUUUGUUGGGUUUUGUUGUGUUGUGUUGCGUUGCGUUGCGUUGUGUUGUGUUGUGUUGUGUUGUGUUGUGUUUUGUUUUGCUGUGCUGUUGGAUUUUGUUGGGUUUUGAUGUGCUGUUAGGUUUUGUUGAGUUUUGCUGUGCUGCAUGUUGGGUUUUCUUAGAUUUUGCUGUGUUGUUGGGUUUUGUAGUGUUUGUUGUGCUGUUGGAUUUGUUGGGUUUUGCUGUGCUGUUGGGUUUUGUUGUGUUUGAUGUGCUGUUGGGUUUUGUUAUGUUUGUUGUGCUGUUGGGUUUUUUUGGGUCUGAUGUGCUUUUGGAUUUUGUUGGGUUUUGAUGUGCUGUUAGGUUUUGUUGAGUUUUGCUGUGCUGCAUGUUGGGUUUUCUUAGGUUUUGCUGUGCUGUUGGGUUUUGUUGUGUAUGUUGUGCUGUUGGGUUUAUUGGGUUUUGCUGUGCUGUGCUGUUGGGUUUUGUUGGGUUUGUUGUGCUGUUGGGUUUGUUUGAUUUUGCUGUGCUGUUGGGUUUUGUUAAGUUUGUUGUGCGGUUGGGUUUUGUUGGGUCUGUUGUGCUGUUGGGUCUGUUGUGCUGUUGGGUUUUGUUGGGUCUGUUGGGGUUUGCUGUGCUGUGCUGUGCUGUGCUGUGCUGUAGGGUUUUGUUGGGUCUGUUAGGUUUUGCUGUGUUGUUGGGUUUUGAUGGGUCUGUUUGUGCUGUUGGGUCUGUUGUGCUGUUGGGUCUGUUGUGCUGUUGGGCUUUGUUGGGUUUUGCUGUGCUGUUGGGUUUUGUUGGGUCUGUUGGGUUUGUUGGGGCCUGCUAGGUUUUGCUGUGCUGUUGGGUUUUGUUGGGUUUUGUUGUGUUGUGUUGUGUUGUGUUUUGUUUUGCUGUGCUGUUGGAUUUUGUUGGGUUUUGAUGUGCUGUUAGGUUUUGUUGAGUUUUGCUGUGCUGCAUGUUGGGUUUUCUUAGAUUUUGCUGUGUUGUUGGGUUUUGUAGUGUUUGUUGUGCUGUUGGGUUUGUUGGGUUUUGCUGUGCUGUUGGGUUUUGUUGUGUUUGUUGUGCUGUUCGGUUUGUUAUGUUUGUUGUGCUGUUGGGUUUUGUUGGGUCUGAUGUGCUGUUGGAUUUUGUUGGGUUUUGAUGUGCUGUUAGGUUUUGUUGAGUUUUGCUGUGCUGCAUGUUGGGUUUUCUUAGGUUUUGCUGUGCUGUUGGGUUUUGUUGUGUAUGUUGUGCUGUUGGGUUUAUUGGGUUUUGCUGUGCUGUGCUGUUGGGUUUUGUUGUGUUUGUUGUGCUGUUGGGUUUGUUUGAUUUUGCUGUGCUGUUGGGUUUUGUUGUGUUUGUUGUGCUGUUGGGUUUUGUUGGGUCUGUUGGGUUUGUUGGAGCCUGCUAGGUUUUGCUGUGCUGUUGGGUUUUGUUGGGUUUUGUUGUGUUGUGUUGCGUUGCGUUGCGUUGUGUUGUGUUGUGUUGUGUUGUGUUGUGUUUUGUUUUGCUGUGCUGUUGGAUUUUGUUGGGUUUUGAUGUGCUGUUAGGUUUUGUUGAGUUUUGCUGUGCUGCAUGUUGGGUUUUCUUAGAUUUUGCUGUGUUGUUGGGUUUUGUAGUGUUUGUUGUGCUGUUGGAUUUGUUGGGUUUUGCUGUGCUGUUGGGUUUUGUUGUGUUUGAUGUGCUGUUGGGUUUUGUUAUGUUUGUUGUGCUGUUGGGUUUUGUUGGGUCUGAUGUGCUGUUGGAUUUUGUUGGAUUUUGUUGUGUUUUGCUGUGCUGUUGGAUUUUGUUGGGUUUUGAUGUGCUGUUAGGUUUUGUUGAGUUUUGCUGUGCUGCAUGUUGGGUUUUCCUAGGUUUUGCUGUGCUGUGCUGUUGUGUUUUGUUGUGUUUGUUGUGCUGUUGGGUUUUAAUGUGCUGUUGGGUUUUGCUGUGCUGUUGGGUUUUGUUGUGGUUUUUUGUGCUGUUUUGUUUUGUUGGGUUUUGCUGUGCUGUUGGGUUUUGUUGCGUUUGUUGUGUUGUUGGGUUUGUUGGGUUUUGCUGUGCUGUUGGGUUCUGUUGGGUUUUGUUGAGGUUUGCAGUGCUGUUGUGUUUGUUGUGCUGUUGGGGUUUUUUUGGGUCUUAUGGGUUUUGCUGUGCUGUCGGGUUUGGCUGAGUCUGUUGUGCUGUUUGGUUUGUUGGAUCGGUUGGGUUUGUUGGAUCUGUUGGGUUUGUUGGAUCUGUUGGGUUUGUUAGCCCUGUUGGGUUUGUUUGAUCUGUUGGGUUUGUUUGGGUCUGUUGGUAUUUUGAAGAUUUGUGUAGGGGGACAAGCAUCACGGCCGUGGCCCCCUGAAAAUUGGAAAAUGUUGGCGACGGGGGGAAGGGAUUUGCAAACACUAGUUUAAGAUAAUGGGGGAGGGGGGGUUAAAAGUACUUUUCACACGUUUUUCUACCUCAAUAUUUUAGAAAAUUCAUUAUUAUUUAACACGUUCCGCAAUUCUAGCAUUCCGGGGCCCCCUUUGGGCAAGUUGGACCACUUUUCCUGACAUUUAUUUGGGGUGUGUUAUACCCCUUCCCUCCCAGUAGUUUUGGCCCUAGACAAUCUAACUGAUAGUAUUAAGUUCAAGGCAUACGUGAAUUACUUGUAAUAAGAUUCUGGAAUAACUAAUUAAGCUUUGGGUUUUGUUGUGCCAAGUGAAAACCCAACGCUUUUUUAAGUUCAUACAAAUUAAUCUUCCAUGCUCAACAGAUGGAUGUCGCGAUUUAUCCAACUAAUCUGUUCCUAAACGACUUCGUUUCAGAGAGAUCAAGAAAAAGGGGUUAAAGAUGAGGUAAUUCAAUGGCUUCCAAAAGGAACAUAGCAGAAUACGACCACAACCAAACAGGUUUGGAAAUAAGCACUGCUUUUGACGAUCAGUUGGGAAUAGCAAGUAAGAACGCCAAUUUGGGUAAUGCCUAUCUUAGUUUAGGAGAAUAUCAGAAAGCCAUUGACCAUUACAAAACUGGUUUAGAAAGAAGCACUGCUAUUGGCGACCCGUCAGGAAUAGCAAGUAACAAUGGCAAUUUGGGCAAUGCCUAUCUUAGCUUAGGAGAUUAUCAGAAAGCCAUCGACCAUUACAAAACAAGUUUAGAAAUAAGCACUGCUAUUGGCGACCUGUCAGGAAUAGCAAAUAACAAUGCCAAUUUGGGUAAUGCCUAUCUGAGUUUAGGAGAAUAUCGGAAAGCCAUUGACCAUUACAAAACAGGUUUAGAAAUAAGCACUGCUAUUGGCGAUCGGUCAGGACUAGCAAGUAACAAUCGCAAUUUGGGCGUUGCCUAUCGACGUUUAGGGGAAUAUGAGAAAGCCAUUGACCAUUACAAUAUAGGUUUAAAAAUAAGCACUGCUACUGGCGAUCGGUCAGGAAUGGCAAGUAGCAAUGGCAAUUUGGGCAAUGCCUAUCUUAGUUUAGGAGAAUAUCAGAAAGCCAUUGACCAUUACAAAACAGGUUUAAAAAUAAACACUGCUAUUGGCGAUCGGACAGCAAUGGCAAGUGACAAUGGCGCUUUGGCUACUGCUUAUCUUAGUUUAAGAGAAUAUCAGAAAGCCAUUCACCAUUCCAAAACAGGUUUAAAAAUAAGCACUGCCAUUGGCGAUCGGUCAGGAAUAGCAAGUAACAAUGGCAAUUUGGGCAUUGCCUAUCUUAGUUUAGGAGAAUAUCAGAAAGCCAUUGACCAUUGCAAAACAGGUUUAAAAAUAAGCACUGCUAUUGGAGAUCGGUCAGAAAUAACAAGAAACAAUAGCAAUUUGGGCAAUGCCUAUCAACGUUUAGGAGAAUAUCAGAAAGCCAUUGACCAUUACAAAACAGGUUUAGAAAUGAGCACUGCUAUUGGCAAUCGGUCAGGAAUAGCAUAUAACAAUGGCAAUUUGGGCACUGCCUAUCUUGGUUUAGGAGAAUAUCAGAAAGCCAUUGACCAUUACAAAACAAGUUUAGAAAUAAGCACUGCUAUUGGCGAUCGGUCAGCAAUAGCAUGUAACAAUGGCAAUUUGGGCAAUGCCUAUCGAUGUUUAGGAGAAUAUCAGAAAGCCAUUGACCAUUGCAAAACGGGUUUAGAAAUGAGCACUGCUAUUGGCGAUCGGUCAGGAAUAGCAAGUAACAAUAGCAAUUUGGGCAAUGCCUAUCAACGUUUAGGAGAAUAUCGGAAAGCCAUUGACCAUUACAAAACAGGUUUAGAAAUAAGCACUGCUAUUGGCGAUCGGUCAGGAAUAGCAAAUAACCAUAGCUUUUUGGGUAUUGCCUAUGUUUGUUUAGGAGAAUGUCAGAAAGCCAUUGACCAUUUCAAAACAGGUUUAGAAAUAAGCACUGCUAUUGGCGAUCGGUCAGGAAUAGCAAGUAACAAUGGCAAUUUGGGCGAUGCCUAUCUUAGUAUGGGAGAAUAUCAGAAAGCCAUUGACCAUUACAAAACAGGUUUAAAAAUAAGCACUGCUAUUGGCGACCCGUCAUUAAUAGCAAGUAACAAUGGCAGUUUGGGCAAUGUCUAUCAACAUUUAGGAGAAUAUCAGAAAGCUAUUGACCAUUACAAAAGAGAUUUAGAAAUAAGCACUGCUAUUGGUGAUCGGUCAGGAAUGGCAAGUAAGAAUGGCAAUUUGGGCAAUGCCUAUCUUAGUUUAGGAGAAUAUCAGAAAGCCAUUGACCAUUACAAAACAGGUUUAGAAGUAAGCACUGUUAUUGGCGAUCGGUCAGGAAUAGCAAGUCAGAAUUGCAAUUUGGGCAAUGCCUAUCGACGUUUAGGAAAAUAUCAGAAAGCCAUUGACCAUUACAAAACAAGUUUAGAAAUAUACACUGCUAUUGACGAUCGGUUAGGAAUAGCAAGUAACAAUUGCAAUUUGGGCAAUGUCUAUCGAUGUUUAGGAGAAUAUCAAAAAGCCAUUGACUAUCACAAAACAGGUUUAGGGAUAAGCACUGCUAUUGGCGAUCAGUCAGGAAUAGCAAAUAACAAUGGCAAUUUGGCCAAUGCCUAUCUUGGUUUAGGAGAAUAUCAGAAGGCCAUUGGCCAUUCGAAAGCAGGUUUAGAAAUAAGCACUGCUAUUGGCGAUCGGUCAGGAAUAGCAAGUAACAAUGGCAAUUUGGGCAAUGCCUAUCUACGUUUAGGAGAAUAUCAGAAAGCCAUUGCCCAUUACGAAACAGGUUUAGAAAUAAGCACUGCUAUUGGCGAUCAGUCAGGAAUGGCAAAUAACAAUGGCAAUUUGGCCAAUGCCUAUUUAAGUUUAGGAAAAUAUCAGAAAGCCAUUGACCAUUCGAAAGCAGGUUUAGAAAUAAGCACUGCUAUUGGCGAUCGGUCAGGAGUAGCAAGUAACAAUGGCAAUUUGGGCAUUGCCUAUGGACAUUUAGGAGAAUGUCAGAAAGCCAUUGACCAUUACAAAACAGGUUUAGAAAUAAGCACUGCUAUUGGUGAUCGGUCAGGAAUAGCAAUUAAAAAUAGCAAUUUGGGCGAUGCCUAUCUUAGUUUAGGAGAAUAUCAGAAAGCCAUUGACCAUUACAAAACAGGUUUAGAAAUAAGCACUGCUAUUCGCGAUCGGUCAGGAAGAGCAUUUAUUCUCAGCAAUUUAGGAAAUGCGCAUCGAUGUAUUAGAAAGUAUGAAGUUGGAACACCACUCUUAGUGGAGUCAAUUAGUUUGUACGAUACAAUGUUUUUAGAUUCUGUUCCGGAUCAAAAUAAACUGUCAUUCACGAUACAAUAUUUCGUAUCUCAUAAACGUUUGAUGAGUUGUUUCAUUUCUUUGGAACGCAUUGAAUCCGCAUUAUUAGCCAUUGACCUUGGUAGGGCUAAGGAGCUCCAUUGCCGCGUUGAAAAACAUAAGAAUUCUCAGGAGCUCCAUUGCCGCGUUGAAAAACAUAAGAAUUCUGAGGACAAGGUCAAGGAGAUGUUCGAUUAUGCGUGUGUGAUAUGGAAUAGAAUCGGGGCCAGAGAAGAACGAAGAGAAAUGGAAGAAAUGAAAACAUUUCUCUAUCUAGAAGAAAAUGAUACCUCAGUAUUGGUAUUUGCUUUUGAUUUGGAAGCGUUUCUUAAUGUUUGGGUUUCAAAUGAUAAAGUUAUCUUUCGAAAAUUUGAUGCAAGGUUGGAAACAUUUCAGUUUCUAAUUAUGGAACUUCUUGGGAGGGAAAAAGUUAGUGUUGUUCGGAAUUCUUCGUUUUGCAACUCCGAUUCAGUUGUUGAUACUCACAAUCAAGUGAUUUUUCCAUUUGAAAUGCCAAACCGAAAGGCACUCUCUAAAAAUGCGUUUGAAAAUAGUGCUUGCUAUAGUGAUUUGAGUAAUCGAGAAAUUUUGGAAAGGUUGUUCAAACUUUUGGUUGAUCCGGUGAAAGAUCUUGUUAAAGGCAAUAAGCUCAUUGUUGCCCCUGACCAGCAAUUGUUUUUUACACCGUUUUCAGCACUAAUUGAUGAAAAUGGCUCUUAUUUAUCCAACAGUUACAGCGUUCAAAUUACUCCUUCAUUGCAUACCCUGAAGUGUACCAUGGAACAAUCCUGUGACUCAGACCUUGGUUUUGCGUUGUUUAUUGGUAAUCCAACUGUUGGAAGAGUUUGUUUAAACGGACAAGACGUUACACCCCCCGACUUGCCUAAUGCUGCUGAGGAAGUUAAAUGUCUGUCAAAGCUUUUCCAAGCUAGGCCUCUUUUAGGACGCGAAGCAACAAAAAAGGUAAUAUUGCAACAUCUAAGUGCAGCUCUUCCGAUCUAUAUCGCUGCCCAUGGCGAACCAAAUCGAGGUGAAAUAAUGCUUGCACCAAACUCUCCCCAGGCGCAACCAUGUUUGGCUGUUCCCAAACCAGACUCUUCCCAGGUGCAACCAUGUUUGGCUGUUCCCAAACCAGACUCUUCCCAGGUGCAACCAUGUGUGGCUGUUGCCAAGGCAGACUCUUCCCAGGUGCAACCAUGUUUGGCUGUUCCGAAGCCAGAUUCAUAUCUUCUCACACAGCAAGAUAUUCUAAAUAUUUCUGUGCAAGCUCGCUUGGUAGUUCUAUGCUGUUGCCAUACUGGGCAAGGUGAAAUUACUUCAGAAGGUGUCAUAGGUAUAACUCGAGCUUUUCUUGCAGCCGGAGCGCGCUGUGUUGUUGCUACACUAUGGCCAAUUGACGAUUGUGCCACAAAAGAGUUUAUGGAAAAAUUCUAUGGCGAACUUUGCCAAGAAACAAGAGUUUGUGAAGCUUUAAGAAAAACACAGAACCUCUUUCAGAAACACGAAAUAGAAGAUUACCGAUCCAGUAGGAUCUGGGGUCCAUUUACUAUCUAUGGAGAAGACGUAACGUUCCGUAAGAAUGAGAUUGGGCAAAUCAGAGAAAAAUCUC